AUGGCCUUUGCGUCCUCGAUCUUGUGGGGUAUUGCCGCUCUCGUCGGCUACUUUGUAUACCGGCAAUCAUCCCAGAAGCACCGACGCAAUCUACCCCCCGGCCCAAAACCGUUGCCUAUCCUCGGAAAUUUGCGAGACUUUCCUCCGAACGACAUCCCUGAAUACCAGCAUUGGCUUAAGCACAAGGAUCUUUAUGGUGGCAUUAGCUCCGUGACAGUGAUGGGUAUGACACUAAUUAUUAUCCACGACAAGAAGGCGGCGCAUGAGCUGCUUGAACAGACCUCAAGCAAGACGUCGGGACGGCCAACGAUGAUCAUGGCAAAUAAGCUUUGCGGUUAUGAGUCCAUCGUCGUCUGCCAGGAUUACAAUCCCACCUUUCGACGCUAUCGCAAGCUCCUGCAUCGGGAGCUUGGAACCAAGGUGGCUGCAUCAGAAUUCCGCGGGGUCCAGGAGAUUGGGGUAAGCCGACAGCUUGUGCGGGCGUUAAAUGAGCCCGGGAAAUGGCUGGAGCACUUCAAAACCACUGCCGGCGCUACUGUUUUGAGAAUGGCGUACGAUUACACCAUCGAACCUCAUAAGCCAGAUCCAUUGGUUGAAUUGAUCGACAGAAUGAUGACUGAGUUCUCCCUCGCCGCUGUUCCCAUGGCGUGGGCCGUUGAUAUUAUCCCGGCUCUCCGACAUCUACCGGAGAAUUUCCCGGGUGCAACAUUCAAGAAGACUGCUCGCAAAUGGAGAAAAUCCAUCCAGGCGACAGCCUAUAUCCCGUACCGGUUUUCCCAGAGCCGAAUGGCUUCGUUGAAAUUUCGGCCGUCAUACGUAUCAAAGCUUGUCCAGCAGCUUAGGGGAGAGAGUGACGAUGGCACUCUGAGUCGAGAGGACGAGGAUUCGAUUGUCUGGACCGCUGCUAGUCUGUAUGGCGCUGCGGCGGAUACUACCGUGAUUACUCUCACCAUCUUCACGCUGGCAAUGAUUAAGUUCCCCGACGUGCAGCGCAAGGCCCAGAAGGAGAUCGAUCGGGUGGUUGGUACAGACCGACUACCCGGCUUCGAGGAUCGCGACAAGUUGCCGUACGUCGAUGCCUUAGUCAAGGAGGCUAUCAGAUGGUGGCCACUUGCACCCAUGGGUUUCCCUCACACAGUCACCGAGGAUUUCGAGUACAAAGACAUGCACAUCCCCAAAGGCGCAUUCCUCCUCCCAGCCGUUUGGUGGUUUCUGAAGGACCUUGAAGUAUAUGCCGAGCCCGAUUCAUUCGAUCCCAAUCGUUUCUUGGAGCCACGUAAUGAGCCCGAUCCCAAAACAGAGGCAUUCGGAUAUGGCCGCAGAAUAUGUCCCGGGCGGUUCUUUGCAGACUCCAGUCUCUACCUCAACAUCGCGCAAUCGCUGGCGGCGUUCACCAUGGCCAAGGCGGUGGACAAGGAUGACAAGGAAAUCGAGGUGGAUGUCAAGCCGAAACCGGGGAUGCUCACCUAUCCCACCGAAUUCGAUUUUCAGGUCACGCCGAGAAGUGAGAAACAUGUACAAUUGAUUCGACAGCUGGAGCGACAGCACCCAUGGGAGGCUAGCGAUGCCGAGCACCUCGAGAGUGUGGAGGCUUUCCAAGCCGAUUAG